AUGGGUGCCUGGGUAUUGUGGUUCUUGCUCUUGCAAAAUGUAAUCCAGUACCCACAUCCCGUGGGUGAUGGUUUGGAUGAGGUGACACGGCUGCGAAUGGAGAUGCGUGCCAAGUUCCUGGAAGAGGAGAAAAUUCGGCUGGAGCAGGAGAUGGAGCAGCUGGCCUUGAAGCAGGGUGUCAGGGCCUGGGGAGACCUUCUCUUGCAGCUCUGGCACCUCUGGGCUGUUGCUGGGCUCCUGCUGCUUCUCUUGGCCCUGUGCUAUAUGUGGAGGAAAAGGGGCCUGAGGAGAGAGGAGGAGGAAGAAGCAAAUGGUGGUGGAAAUGAAGAGGAGGUCCGAAUUGUGGAUCCUCAUGAAGGAGAUGUUGGAAAUGAAGGAGAAGAUGAUGACAACAAUGGUGUGAAUGAGGCGGAAAACAUCAAUGAUGAUGGCAAUGCACAGGAAGUCGACAACGUUGCAGCAAAUGAAGAAGGUGCUGCUGGAAAUGCAGCAAAUGAAGAAGGUGCUGCUGGAAAUGUAGCUGGCAAUGAGGUUGCAAACGUAGGAAACGACAACCAUUUUGGCAAUGAAGACGAGGAGUAUGAUCAUGCUGAUAUCAUUGGAAGAAUGGUAAUGGAUCGCAUCCAGUGGCCUGUGCAGGACCUGCUGAGAGGAUGCCAGUGGACGACUGUCCUGAUGGAGAGUUUUGCAAGCUACUUUCGACGCGUCUUGUCCAACAGCUUCUACCCAGUCCUGCAAGAAGCCAUUGGGGUGGGCAGUGCCUUUGAAGGUUGGAGUCCCCGUGAGCAGGACGUUGUGUACCAGGUGCUGGUACCUAUGACUGCUCCGCGAGGGCACAGCUUUCACCUGGAGCUGGACACUGCAGGGCAGAAUCAAGUGAGGAACUUCCGCGUCCGCGUGCAGCAGGAGUGCACGUGUGGCAGGGCGCAGCGGGAUAAGGACAUGCUGUGCUUCCUGCACCACCCGGAGGAGCAGCUGCGGAGCUCCCAGGACCCCAGCCUCCUUCACACACUGUGCACCGACUCGUACCUCGACGUGCACAAAACUGCCCGCUGGUUCUACCAGCUGGUGAGAGCAGUGUGGCCGGCUUUGCUUCAGUCCCACAACUGGCAUUUAGUGCUGCUGCCCUCCAGACGCUCCUGCCAGUUCAAGGUGACCAACGGCAGAGAAAGCUUCCGCAUUGAGAUACUCUUCGGGGUGCGGCAAGGCGACUCCGACAUCUUUGUAAGCAGUGAGCUCAGGGAAGCCUGCACUUCAAGAACAAUCUGGCCGGAGAGCUACGCCGUAGCAGAGGUGAAGUUCUUCAAGUACAUCGCCAGGCGGGUGCCCCCUGACAGCUUGCACCUCAAAUGCCUGCAGUUCUUCACCCGUCUGCAGCUGGGCUUAGGCUUUUCCACCUACACCAUGAAGACCAUUGUCAUGCACCUCCUGUGCAUCAUCCCCGUAUCACGUUGGCGCAGGAGAGACUUUGUGGCGCGACUGCUGGACAUCAGCGAGAGCCUGCGCACAUGUGUGGAAGUCAGACGCCUCAACCACUUCAUUUUGGGCAACCGGAGGCUUCCUGAGGGGAUCAGUUUGCCCCUGGAUAUCCAAAUGGCCACAUCAUACAACCUCUUCUAUGACCUGGAGUUGGAUCCCAUUGCCCACUCACAGGCCAUGAGUCAGUAUGUGGAUCUGCACCGGUGGCUCAAACGGAUCCUUAACAAUGAGCAGUGA